AUGGAGGACAGGGUGUGGACUGGGUGUCUUUUAGUCAUUCUGACAUUGGGAUGGACCGCCGCUCAGAGUCAGACCAACUUCACCAGGCCUGUUUUCCUGUGUGGAGGCCACCUGGUCAUAGACUCAGGUAUCGUUGCCAGUGAAGGAUUCCCCAGUCCCUACAAACCCAACAGUAAAUGCACCUGGUACAUCACUGUCCCAGAAGGUCAUGUGGUCAUGCUGUCAUUCCGCCUCUUUGACCUGGAGGCUGACCCCACCUGUCGCUACGACUACCUGGAUGUUUACAACGGUCACUCCCGCCUGGUGCAAAAGCUGGGUCGUUUCUGUGGGACGUUCAGACCUGGGGCUCUUAUCUCCACUUCCAACACCAUGAUGUUAGAGUUGGUGUCAGACGACGCAACAGGAGGGAGAGGAUUUCUUGCUGCUUUCAGCGCAGGAAAGCCGCAUGUUGAAGAGAACCAGUUCUGUGGAGGAAGGCUGACCAAAUCACAGGGCUCUGUCAGGACACCAAACUGGCCCAACUCUAAUUACCCAGCAGGCAUCAGCUGCUCCUGGCAUAUCUCCGUAGAACCAAGCAAUGUGAUUGAGGUGAAGUUUGAGAAGCUGGACUUGGAGCCUGACACGUACUGUCGCUACGACUAUGUUGCAUUAUUUAAUGGGGGAGAGAAGGAUAACUCAAGGCGGAUCGGGAAGUUCUGUGGAGACAGAACACCAGGAACUAUAGUGACAAACGGGAAUGAGCUCCUGGUCCAGUUUGUCUCUGACCUCAGUGUGACCUCAGAUGGCUUCAUGGCCCACUACGCCAGUGUGCCCCAGGGGUCUAGGACGCCAACUGCUGGAGGAGAUUUUAUCUAUGGUCCUCAGACCACAUCAAUGCCACGUAAAACACCUGUAAAGCCAACAAAGCCAACGCCCACUCCUAGACCUGCCCCUCCGCCUAAACCCGCCCUCAAACCAACCAAGAGACCUUUGGUGAAAAAACCUCUUCCCAAAAAACCCAUUGUCAAGCCCACACCUAAACCCAAACCCACCAAGCCGACACCCAAAGCACCUGUGAGAAAGCCAACGCCUAAACCUGGAACCAAACCCACACCAAGAUUUAAGGUUAUUAAGCCAACCAUGAAACCAAGAAUCAAGGCUAAACCUACGAGUAAGCCUACACUGAAGAUCAAGCCUACCCCGAAACCCAGCAUCAAACCUGUAAAGCCAACCUCCAAGAGCGGCAUCAAACCCACAGCCAAACCAAAGAUAAAGCCUAAAGUGACGCCUAAACCUGGUGUGAGCAAGACAGUGACAAAGAAGCCUGUUGUGAGCAAGAAACCUUCACCACUGAACCCACUGUGUACACAACCCUGUAAGAGGACGGGAACUCUCCAGUCCAGCUUCUGCUCUCAUGACUUCGUGAUUACGGGUAAGGUCACAGCAGUGACAGCUGGCCCUGGAGGUUCAGCCACACUUGAAGUGUUCAUCAUCAAGGCCUAUAAGCAAGGACGCCUGAACAUCGCAAAAUCAGGGCCCGUAAUGUCAGUCACACUGGCCUCCACCUGCAAGAGAUGCCCAGGGGUCCUUAAAGGCAAGAACUACGUGUUGAUGGGAAAAGUUGACGCGCAGGGCAAUGGUCUUCUCACCCCCUCCAGCUUCACGCUCCUCUACAAACCCAUCCACAACAAAGCACUGCUCAACCUCUCCAAAAAAUCCUGCUGA